AUGAUAGUUUCAUCGCGUUUAAUACGUCUCAUACCAGUUAUCUGGCCCGUUUUGGUUUGUAUUACCAUCAUAACUCCGUAUAUCAUAGCCGUAUCACUUGGCCAUGUCUACCCUUUCUUACCAAGCAUUAGCAAAGCGGCUUCAUUCGAACCACAGGCGUCACUCUUUGGUGCUCUGAUGACCUUGGUGGCUUUUCUUGGACUGGCAAUGAUGGUGGCUCGGUAUGUUCAGGUUCAGGCAAUUCCUGGUGACUUGGAGUGUGAAUUCUCAAGUAAGAUCAUCAGGUUAAACAAAGUUGGUCUACGGUUUGGCAUUUCGUGUCUCAUAGGAGUUGUCCUGGUCGCCAGUGUCAGGUCUUCUGCCAAAGUGGUAUGUAUUAUGGCUGAGAAAACUACAAGGAUUAGGACCUUGGGCUAAUAAGUCAAAUUGUCGAUCGACAGAAAUAAGUUAUUUAGGUAAAAAGGGUGUAUGUUAAAAGGCUUUUAUCAUUUAGUUUUUCCAAUUUUCGAGGAAUUUUUCGUUAACCUCACUAGAUCCGAUCAAUCGCGUGGCUUCAAAAUCACUUCAAGAGUGAUGAUUAUCCGAAGCGAAGACGCAGCUACAGAGCAAGCAAUAGCUGCUGGAAUGAAUCAACUCUUCUCCCAAUGACUAAAUUCAAAUAGUCCUAGAUUUAUUAUGUUUAAUAAUAUCAAUUAAUAAUAUCUCACCAUGUUGUCUCGUGUAAUGGCACGCAAUCUAUGAGGCGUUGUCAGGAUCACAAUAACCAUGCAAUCCGUUUUUCAAUUUUAACUUCGAAACUUGUCUUUUGAUUUACAAUGGUUUUCGAAAACAUUCUUUCCUUUGCAUGUAUUUUCUUAUAGUAGCUUUUCCUGCAUAUUUACAAAUGAAGGCUUUACCUCGAUAUUUACCGCAAAAAAAUAAAUUAUUGCUGGGCGUUUGUUGUUGAGAAGGAUACCCCCGUUAAAGUGCCAAUGACACGAAAUUUGUUUUGCAUUUUUUGGUUGAUAGCUGUAUUGAAGAUUAGAAAUAAGCGAUUUAAGCGCCUAAUGAGUUCUCCUUGACCAUUUUUCGUGCAUUGAAAGUACGAUUUGGCGGCCAAAACGAUCAUGUUACAUCGUUGUGACGUACACAACUGUGAAGAUACGUCGGCAACUAUGGGGAAGAAAGGAGAAAUCUAGAAGAAAGGACGAACGUAUUGCGUGACCGGAGCGCCAAAUGAUUAAUACACAUAUUCCGGAUACUUCUCUACGCUACUUUCCAAAGGAUGUCGCUAUAUGGCCAAAUGAACGCGUUUCGAUCGUCGACAUCGAGGAGAUUUUACUCUUCACUGAAUGUCGUCGGCCUUAUGCUCCGUAUCGGCUCUGAAGGCGGCUGUUACGAACACAUACCACUAGACAAAUCAGGGGAAGAUACCAAAGAAUUCAGCUUAAAAGAAUGCUGAUUAAGGUGCCUGUUUCCACACCGUAACCGAUUGUUCAACAUUAUUUUCGGCUGACAUGUCGCAAGUGAAGAAUGGUGAGCUUCUUAUUAUUCAGGGUUAUUUCACGCGCUUGAGAUGUACUCAUACUCCUUGUCUUUCCACAUGACUACAUUUGCGCUUUUUUUAUCGCAUGAAAAUCCUGCUAGUUGUAGUUUCCAUGGUAUCUUUUUACCAGAAAUACAUAAUUUAUGAUAAAGUUCAAGCCCUUUCCUGAACUGGCCGAUAUCCUGUUGCGUGAACAGUGCGAAACCUUUGGCGGAUACUGGCAUAAACACAAGGUCGAAGGGACCGUGUGAAAGUUGAUGCCUACGAAAUAUUAAUUUACAAUACUGAUGUCAGUUAUUUGCCACUGAGCGAAAUGGGUCAUACAGCAAUGCUGCACUUAAACUAAAAAAAAUUCUCUCAAUUAAAAUCUUUAUUUGAGGUUAACUUAAAUCAGACAAACUCGCUCAUUUUCCGUUUGACCGGCUCGACGACGACAGCCUUUUUUUUGCAUUUUUCAAGCCGUGAAAUCUUCAAAUUAAAGUAGCCCCUUCAAUCACAGGAACGAAACUGCCCGAUUACUUCUCGGCAUAAAAUCAUCGUGCCUCGUGAUGCAGCCGAUUGUUUCGUCAAAUGUUAGCUUGUGGUUUGCUAAGGGAAUCAUUCUACAGAAACGAAACUCUAGAGCAGUGACCAAGGGCAACCUUCGCCGCACUUAGUGCGAAGGAAUAAAAUGUUAUGUCAACAAAAACGAACACAACUACCCAUUCUUAACAUAGGUUUUGCCAUAGAAAACAAAAGACAAACGAAACAAACUUAACAUUCAGUAACGGGAGAUUUUUGUUCUAAUCUUGACCUGAACACCGCACUCGAAAAACCGUCUAAUCAGUUUGCGUAGAAAUCUUCGUUUGAUGCGGUUCUCCUUGGUAGGGCUGAAUCGUACUCGCAACUUCCAUUUCUUUUUUACAACUUGGGUACGAUGUAUCAAAACUCUUGGUAGGUAGGUAUACAUCGCUAUCUGACAUUAUUCAAGAGUAUUACAACGCUGACCGAUACAAAAUUACAAGAGAUGCGAGAGAUUUGUAAAUGUCAAUGGACAGUUUUCAUAGUUUUCUACGUCAUCACCCGCUAAUUCGUUACCAGUCCAUGGGACACUUUUAAGACAAAAUAAGAACACUUUAAGGCCCGAAAAAAGCGAGUUUUUUGAAAAUUUUUUUCUAUCGGAAUUGGUUUUUACGCAUGAUAAGCUAAAUGUUUACGCAAAAAAAAUUCGUUUCAUAGACGCUUUAAGUCCGAAUUUUGAAUUGUAAAUCUUUUCGAUCCAAACUCAGGGCAUAAAUUUUCUUGAUAGACCUUUAUCAGAUGCGAUCCUUCACCAAACACGUGGCCUUGCUUCUCAUGUGAUCGAAAUUCUCUGCUUAGGGGUUGAUCAGAAAUUGCUAAAAGAAUUAACUUUAGAUCAGAAUAUGCAGAGGUCACUUAGAGCCUGUUAACAUGGAGAUGGGGGACCCCAGGUAGGUGAGGUAACCCGCCUUGAAUUAUGGGAUAACCGCCCGUUCAUAUGAUCUCUUGUUUCGUCUUGAUCACGUCUACAUGAUAGGCGAGGUAACCCACUUAGGUGGGUUGUCCGGUCUGUCGGGUAGGGUAACCCUGUCAGCUGAGGAAGCAAUUUGCCAAGUAAACGUCUCAAGGGUAACCCGCCUAGUCGAGGUUGCGUUCAUGUUACUCUUGCGGGGUUAUAAGUUGUAUGUAAACGCGGGCUAUUUUCGACCACAGCUAGGUGGGUUACCUGACCAACCUGGGGUCCAGACCCUCAUAUAUCCUUUUUCUUUCUGUGCAGGUUAUCGUUCUCGCUGGUAGGAGAGAAUCCGGACCUCCUCUUGGAAAACUUCAUGACGCUGCUACCACGUUACUUUUUGUCAGCGGAAUACCAUACCUUUGGUUCCAAACCGCUAUUACCUUCUUCACGGCUAAAGUGGGCCUCCAUUCAAAAUGUGUGUUCAUCUUCAGGCUUGUCGUGUCUUGUACUAUCACAUGCGCUGGCAUAGGAUAUCCUUUUUUCAAAUGGUUCUCGUACACAAGGUUACAAACAGGUAGCUCCGUAGAUUUCUGGAGCCCUGGUGAUGGUGGCUAUGCCCUGCACUUGUUUAGCACCAUCGGGGAGUGGGUUGCCUGUCUGUGCUUAGCGCUCUUCCCUGCAUCCUUUUACGAAGAAUUUAAAACUUUUUCUCUUGAAAUUCAUUAUGUUGAGGUUAAGGAACAUACAGACAGCGAGAAAAGUGACUAUGUAAAGAUAGGAACAAACGACGACUAG